ACAACCCAUGACUUUUUUUUUUUACACCUAUUUGAGUCACACAUAGAUAGGUGUCAGUGAACACACGCCACCAGGUGUGAGUGACACUCUCCGAGCUCCAGGAGGAUAACAACCACUGCAACCAUGGCCGAAUCCCAGCUCGUGUGCAUGGAAGACGGCCACAUCGGAGCCAAGGUCCCGGACACCAAACCGGAGUUUUACUACAGCGAGGAGCAGCGCGCCGCCGUCGAGGAGCUGCUCAGGAACGGUGACGGUGCAUUCAAAACUAGACUCAAAGAUGACAACAUGAAAGACUUUUUAUCGGCCAGAGAAAUCAAACUGUUGACGGGCACUUUUAAACGGUAUGACACCAGUAAUGACAGCAGCAGCAACAGCGACAAAGCGUCCCCGUCCAGGUCGGAGCAAGGAGCCGCCAGCACCGACGCGGAUUCGGGGGUCCAUUCCACCUACUGGCCCCAGAUGUCGGACACCGAGGUGCCGCCGUUGGACAUAGGCUGGCCAAGCGGGGGUUUGUUCAAAGGGGUGACCCGGGUCGCCGUCCACACCCACCCACCCAAAGACAACGGACCUCACAUUAAGGAGGUGGUGCGACGACUCAUCCAGGAGGCCAGCAAGGUAAUAGCUAUAGUGAUGGACAUGCUCACAGACAUCCAGAUCCUGCAGGACCUGAUGGAUGCGGCCUGGCGUCGCUCUGUGCCCAUUUACAUCUUGUUGGAUGAAAAAGGUGUUCCGCACUUCCUGGAUAUGUGUUCCAGGCUGCAGAUCGGUGUACAGCACCUUCGGAACAUCCGAGCCAGAACGCUUCAGGGAACCGGCUUUGGCCUGUCCUUCGGCAGACUGCCUGGUUCACUCUGUAAUAAGUACAUGCUGGUAGACGGGGACAAAGUCAUGUUUGGCUCCUACAGUUUCUCCUGGUGUACAUCUCGUAUGGACCGGAACAUGAUCACCGUGAUGACAGGACAGGUGGUUGACUUCUUUGACCGGGACUUCCGUGAGCUUUACGCCAUCUCCGAGAAGAUGGACCUCUACAAGGAAUUCCACGUCAGCCCACCCGCCAAGGUGACCGCCACAAUACGUUCCAAGACGGGGCCUAAACGCCCACCGUUACCAGCCACCACAUCCCGCUUCCAGGUUAGCUUAGGAGACUCACGUAAAGCUGACAUCCAGGUGCCUGCACACAAAUACUAUAAUCCCAAAUACUCUCUGGCAUUUGGGGAUACCCCACGUCCAACGGGAUCUCUGCAGCAGCCAGGACCUAAGAGGGGGUCAGUUCUGGCUGAGGUGCCUGAGGAUAUGGACCCAGGAAGACCACGAGUGACCAGCAGUGAGAAGAUGGACCGGCCGAAUCUGCUGCCCUCAGAAGCCCCGAGCGAAAUCUUCAAGAGGCCCAAUGGAGUCACGCAGGAAAAGAAGCAGUCGCACACUCGGAAGCAGAAAUUCUUCAGGGGAAAAUCGUCCAGUAAGCUUCCAGUUAAUAACCCAGUGGGCAGUAUGAGCCCUUCACCCACAGAGACCAAUCCGAUUGACGAGAACGAGGACAACUUUGAGGUGAUAGUGAAAUCUCCAUCCAAACGGAAGAAUAAGAAGCCAUCUAAAUUGGGCCAGAGGACAGACUCUGGCCAGACUGUUACCAGUGCACAGGACAAUGAGAGUUUCAAGAGACGACAUCAAUCAAAACAAGCCUGUAAAGUAUCCUGAGGUGAACUUGCAAGUUUCUGGCCACAGAAAAGUCAGAAUCUGAUAUUCUUAAGGUUUACAACAUGACUUCAUUAAAGUUAACGUCACCACUGAUUGUGCAAUAUUGUAAGUAUAUUAUCCAGUGCCUUACAGACAGACCAGAUGAAUGUACAGUCCUUCAGGCACUGAGAAAUGCAGAUUUUUUUUUAUAGGAUUGGUGCCAAAUUUUAAAUCCUGAGUCAAUAAUCAAAGUGUUGUGGGGUAUUUAUUUUACUGAUAGGGUGCAGGAGUGUUGACUGAGAUAUCUACUAGUGAUCACUUGCACCUUGUUUGCUCUGGACCUCUUUGAGGCUACAUGGAUAUAGGGUUGAAUGCUUCCUUUUGCUUUACACUAAAUGUAAAGUUGUUUAGUGCACCUUCUAGUACAGUAAACAUGAAGUAAAGGUACUUAAAAAGGUACAAGAUACUUAAAAGGAAGCACUUUUCUAAAGUUACAAAGACAUACACUCCUUUCAAACACCUAAAUAGUAGUGGGACGUACAGGGUGAGUGGUUUUCCCUCACCAGGACUUAUUUUUAAGGCUGCCUUUUCAAGAGUCCAGACCAGCAGCGUAAGACCCUCUCUGAUCAUUGGAAAACUGAAGCAGGACAUCAAUAAGCCUUGUUUGAUUUAUCCUCUCCCUCCAAAAGACAAAAAAGAUUUGUCUAGAGAAAUUAUGAAAAAAGAAUAAAAAUCUAUAUCUCUGUGUCAGCACUGUGGUGAGGAGGUGUGGAGUUUUGUGGACCAUUAUGUGCGUACAAUACUGCAUACCUUUGUUACACUUCCAUUUUAUUAUUUAUCUGUGAAUGAAUGUUACUGUAGAGUAAGUAUUCAUGUUAAUGUCUGUUUGAUGCACUAAGUCAUGGGAUCUCUUGUUCAUUGUGCUUAAUAAAUGGUUUCAGAUAGGCUAAUGAACAGCUUUAAAGAUGUCAUGGGGGGUCUUUUUAAUGUUUAGAUUGUUCAUUCAUUGUAGUCUGAAAAUAACCUCCAUAAUAAUUUUUUAAUUUCAUAUAAUUUUUCUGCAACAGAAAUGUCCUGAUUUUCU